CGUCUGCUUGCAGGCGUGUAGUCUCCUUCCCGCCCUCCGCUUAUCACUUCGUUUGCGCCAUGUCUGAAGAUGUUCUCCUCGAUUUCGGCGGAAUGCAUUCACCACACUCGACUUCCAGUGACGACUCUGAUGCAGUCAACACAGAGUCGGCGAGAGUGUAUUUCGGACCGCUUCAGUCUCCGGAGAGGAAAUACGCUGGUCUGCAGUUCGACACACCCGUGAAAAGGUUGGUUGACCCUUCGUCUGCUCCUGACACGACCCCCGAGCGCCUUGAGGAAGAAAUACAACCUGCCAUGGAAUCUGGAGAGAGCGAGCCUUUACCCACGAACGAUGAUCCAUUACCAGACGAGCCAUCUAUUGCUCUGGUCAGCAAGAUCUUGCAAGCCCAUAGCAAUCCGUCUCCUCCGCCUUCCCUUCCUCCAGUGCAAGCAGAGCUCGAUCUUUUGGUGGAUGUGUUUGACUCACCCGCCAACGGUGCCACCAUGCUUUUGAGUCACAGUCCCCCUCACAUCGAAGAGCAAAUGAAUCCAUACGCAGAUAUCUCACAGCCGGAUCUGAUUGUCUUUGAUACGUCAUUCUCUGCGGUCUCUGCCCUCCCGCGCCAGAAUCAGCCGUCCUUGCCUGUGCAUUCCACAUCACCUUCUACUCGUGAUCUAGCGCCUCACGCGACGAAUGUCGACGACUUGCUUUCAAUUUCCCCUCAGCCCGUGCAAACUGUGCCGCUCCGAGACGUCGAGCCAGAUGAUGCUGCUCCCUCUGCCGCUGGCGAAAGCAGAUCUUCUGUAGGGGAGGAAGUUCAGAUGGCGGACAUCAUCGAUUUUAACGUUGUUUCGAUCUCCCCCGAGCCUUUGCAGAAUCCCCCAAUCCCAGAGCCAGAUGUUGAGCCAGUUGUCGCGUCCGUACCUUCCAUGGAGGAGGAAGCCCAAGUUGCAGAUGCCAUCAAAGGUGGCAGUGUCGAACUGGAAAAGCCAGGACCUAUCCUGGAACAACCCGCUGAGCCGCAACCUGAGCCACGGACACCUGUGCGACGUUCCACCCGCCCUCAACAGAGCAUCACCCCUGACAAGGCUUCGCUGCUCACCAGCGAUAGAGUGGCUGGCAUGGAUCAAGCAGGGCCCUUCAAUACUCCGUUAUUGCUAACGACGCCUGUGGCUCUACGCAUCAAGAAAAAGAAUCAAACUGGGGAUGCUUUGCCAGGUGUCGACGUAAACGUCGUCAAAGCUUCUGAGGAGCAAGCACCCACCGUCCUAUCGUCUCCCGAGAGAAAUACGAGGGCAGUGCAGCUUUCGAAGGCACAUCACGAGCUAGGCUCUUCGUCGCGUGCCCCAGCUGGGUUGCUCGAUCAGCUGUUGCCUACCGCGUUGCAAGCUAGAGACCAGCGCGCGGACCACACUGUGAUAGAGGACCAAGCAUUAAUGUCAGAACUCACUCGGCCAACAUCCAUGCCUCCCAAUCCGCGGACUCCACCACGAGCUUCUGCUCUCGACAUUCACCAUCCACCCAGCGCGCCGCCAUCGACGCCACCAAGGCCUGCCGAUCUAAAUCGCACGCCUGCGCGUCGCGUUCCCAUCUCACAGGCAGUUGCUCAAGGCACGUUCUCUCCUCGAAAGCGACCAUUAAGGUUCAGCAAGUCAAGCGAUUUCGACGUCGAUGUCAGUGCAAGUGGUGGCGCGACGAGCACGCCUGUAUUUAGAAGACCCGAUCUUAAUGAUCCCAACCGCAGUCCCGCUAAGCGUGUUCCUGUACUAAGGGCACGGCCACAACACGAACAGCCCGUGGGGAGGCGAGAACUCCCUCAUGUUUCUCAGAACAAGGGUAAGGCUCCUUUUCGCCCCGCCUCUCCUCUUGGAGCAUCUUUCAAAGAUCGAGCACGUAGUUGUUCUGUUGAGCCUCGCCCAUCGGCCACUGUGCGUGUCAGAAGUGGGUCUGCUGAACCCCUCAGACCUCAAACGCUUGCUGCAUUGGCACGCAGAGACGGUCUUGUUGCAACGUCCUCUGUCUUGGUGCCUGAUAACGGUCAGACAGGUAGCAGUUCUCAGGAAAGGAAGGCUCGUGCAGUAUUGCCGUUCCCUGUCGUCGCUUCUUCUGGCCGUAUACCGCCUACCGUACCAGAAGAAGACGAGGACCCCGAUCUACAGCCACAGAAACCUCAAGCUAAUCUAAGACAGCCGUCGGCGGGAGCAGGCAGCAAAAUUCCUAGGCCAGGUGUCAAGCCUUACGCAAGGCCUAAACUGACGCCACCAGGCAUCCAAACAAAGCCGAGGAUUACCCCCAGACGUGCAACUGGAGCAAGCACAGCUAAGACAGCUUCAUCAAUGGGCCCGCAUGCUUUACACUCUCAACGUGUUGUUCAAGUUGGAAGCUCAAGUAGCUCUGAGGAAGACAACCCAAGGACGGCGCCUCGGACACCAGAGCGCCCGGCUUCUCGCUCUCUCACAAAUGCUGCCUCUAUGGAGAACCCAGUCCUUAAUUCUUUGAAGAGAAAGCGUGACGGCCCAUCUGUCGCAUCUCCGCCCGGAGCACAGCCUAUCGUACUUAUAGACAAGGUCGUCCCACGCAUGCUCUCUCAGAGUCGCAAAGCCGGAACAAAUUCAACGUUGGGCGCCUCGAAGCAAGCACAUCACAAACAAACCGGCAUUCAGAAGCCACAGGCUCCUAUCAUGAUGCGCAAGGUGCCAGAUUGGAAGCGACCUGUUGCAACGAAGAGUCCGGCGAACGACGGAAACUCGAAACCAUCAGAGAAUCAUUCUCCGACCGAGUCCAUUGCCGAUGAGCAUUCCUCCGCACGUCCUGCCCGUGUUGGUAUGUUACAUGGCCCUUCUGAUGAAGUAUCUCGAUCUGGCGCGUUGUUGCAUGGAAACGCGACACACUCUCCGCCGUCUGCCAUCGACGAGGACAUCAGUCCCUCUGAUAGACGCCGCUCAUCGCGUUCGCGCCGUACAUCCGCUGACGCGAAAUCUGAUGUGGCCGCACCAGGAACUGCGGCCGUACGUUCGAGAGCGCCCCGCCGCAAGCCUACAAUACCUGCCGAACCUGCCGCUUUUGUAGGUAUGAGUGCUUUGGCGCUGAAGACUCUCACCGGCUUGAAUACCAAGAAGAAUGAACAGCACGUCGCGAUCAUACAGACAGAGGUCGUUCGCAAAGAGGGCAAGAGGCCAGAGAGUCCGACCACGAAAGUGCGUACGACUCUCGAACGGCAGAAGCAACUCAAGGCUCAAGAGAGGCGAGAGCGCGCGCAGCGCAGAGCUUUGCGACUGUCGGGAGACGGUGGCAGCGCUGAAACAGUACCCCACGAAGAAUCCGAUAUUAACGGCUCAAGUGCGAUUGAUGUAGACGAAGACGACAUUCCCUCUAAACAUCGUCGCGGUCCUGGGGAUGAAGAAGAUUAUGUCACGCCGCCGCGAGCCGAGCAUCAGUCGAAGCGGCAGAAGCUGGAGGAUGUUAUUGAACCGAAAGAGGAUAAGAGGGUGAAGUGGGACAGAGGACUUGCAAAGACUGUUUAUCUGGACGAUAGUCCUCUCAAGCCGAGGAAGCCGAAGGUUGACGUGACCAGGCGGGGAUGUCUGGCUCAGACUGCCAAGACGAUGCGACUAGAUAUACUCGGUAACGUGCUAGAUGCUGAUACGCCUUUGCCGACUCUUGUCCGUGAGGAAAUUAUCAUCAAGAAAUUCGUUUAUGAUGAUGACGAAGAGGCUGAGCUACUUGAAACUGACAACGCCGCCUCAUCUUCGACGUCCACAGCGAAACCUUCCAAGACCAGAAGCAAGAAGUCCAAAAGCUGAUGUUCAUAUAUGUAGAAUGAACAUGCACAAUACCGUGGCAUGUCUGUGAUGUUGUUAGGGAAACUAUCCCUCGCAUCCUCUCCUUUGUCUGAAGCUAGUGUGUACCUUAUUAGCUGUAUCUCACCAAUCUGUCGCAGACUCGGCUGUCAUUGUUGGAACGCGUCGUAAUAUACCAUUUACAAUGAUAUCAUGGUUUUCGCUACAGAAACACCUCAUGACCACUUCACAGUCUUC